UGUAUUAACAUGACUCUCUGUGUGUACCAGAAAGCCGUCGUUUUGGUCCAUUUCCUACGGCCUUCCAGAAAGAGAGUAGUCAAGGUAGCCCAGCUAAAGACCUUCAUGCUGUCGCAGGCCAGCAAGCUUGGAGCAGAGCUGGAGAGGACAUCAUCUUGCAGGCAUCUCCGCACCCACCUUUCUUUGUACCUGCCGCAGUGCUUGGGCCUCCCCCAACUUAUCUCCCAGACUUAUGUUAUUCCUCACUUGGUCCUCACACCCAAUCGGUGCAGCCUGUUUGCAGUAUGUCAGCUGCGAAGGAACGAGAUGUAGUCUCUCAAGAAGAUGUUGCUGUUGAUGAUGUUGAGAGCUGCCACGAGCGAGAAGCAAAUGCCGGGGCCCCUGCACAAGAUGAGCCUCCUGUGCCCAGACCCAGUGCCUCAAGACGUGUAAGGGGUUUCCAUUGUCCACAGUGUAGCUUUGCCACCAAAAUGUGGACGCGAUACCAAUUGCACCUAAAGUGUCACAAACAAAA